ACUAACCCACCGACGAUUGUGGUUGGAACAUGAUAAUGAGAUCUUCGUCAUCAUAAACAUCGCACAACAUCAAGACGCAAAUGCUAAACGCUGUACACCAAUGGCCUAAUCAAAGCUCCAACGUAACCACGUUAAUAAUUAUUGAUAAGCAUAAGAAGGUGAAAGUGUUCUGCUAUGAUGUGAAGAGUGAAAGUCAUAACUCAUAAGUCAGUGCGGGUGAAGAAACGACGAGGCGCGCACGUCGCCAUACGUAUAAAAAAAACAAGUUUGCCGCGCUAAAAAAAAGCCAGUGUCAAAUCGGGCGCGGAAAACCUCGCGCGAACGCGGGAACAACAGUGUCAAAAAUCAAAAUGCGAGUGAAAAAUAUUUGAAUUAAGAAUAACAAGCCAGUGUCUCAAGCAUAUAAUUUAAAAAAAUAAGUGCGUAAAUUAAAAAAGAAGCUUCCCGCGUGAAUUUAAAAUUGGAAUCGCGGGUUUUUCAUCACAUCCUGGACGCACGCCCCCGACGGUUAGCCAAUGGCGCAGGCUCCGCCCCGCGGCGUUUUGCCGCUAGUCCUUCUCAUCCUGAAUGUUGGUACAAUAUACUGCCGUCGACCGGAGCCCUACUACGGUCGUUUUAUCGGCAAACUGACGCAGUACGCGCACGGCAUCCGCGGCAUGGUCUACGCUGUUGACGAGAGUACUGUCUUCGUCCGAGGGUUCGCGUACGACGGCACCGGGCCUGAUGCCUACUUCUGGGUGGGGGAUUCCCCCCAGCCGUCUCCAGAAGGGAUAUUAGUGCCGUAUCCGGAGGAUUAUGUUAGCCGGGACCCACCCGUGCUGGCAGCUCACACGAACUCCGACAUCCUGCUGCGACUGCCGCCCGGCAAGCGGCUGAGGGAUAUCAAGUGGCUCAGCGUCUGGUGCAGGCGGUUCACGGUGAAUUUCGGUGAUGUAUUCAUCCCCUCCGGCCUAGAUCCUCCUCGGCCUCGCGUCCUCCCGGAGUUCAAGCGGCUCGCCCACGGCCUCCGCUCCGGCAACAUCUCCGUGCUAGACGCCAAGACCUUCUAUAUCCCUAACCUGCAUUACGACGGCGCGGGACCUGACGCGUACUUCUGGGUCGGGAACGGCACCGAGCCUAAUCCUUUUGGGACUAAGGUACCAAACGAGCAAGGGUCCCUCCACCCACUCCGAGGAUACCUCGGCGAAGACAUAGAGAUAGUCCUCCCCGGGAAGUUAACAGCAUACGACGUGGACUGGCUGGCGGUGUGGUGCGUGGAGUACAGACACAACUUCGGCCAUGUACUGAUACCGAAAGACCUGGAUGUGCCACCGGCACUGGGGCAGACGAAGAUCACUCCAGCUUGGUGGUAUAACCCGACAAGUUCAACGACAUCGCAGACACCGAUCAGUGCUUCUAAUAACUGUAAAGAGAUUCUCGACAAGCGACUACAAGUUAGAUGGGAGAUACAGGGUGAUCACGUCCAAGUGACUUUAGCCGCUCGGCUGCGAAAAGACCAGUAUAUGGCCUUCGGUCUCUCCGGAGCUGAAGGUAGACCGGCCAUGCUUGGAGCCGAUGUGGUCGUCGCUUAUUGGGAUAUCAGAGCUAACCAACCCCGCGUGGUUGACUACAGCAUCUCUCAUCUCGCGCAGUGUGACGGCGAACGCGGUGUCUGUCCUGACCUCAGGCUGGGUGGAAGCAAUGAUGCUAUACUUGUGUCAGGUCUACAGAAAGACGGCGUGACCACUAUAUCCUACAGACGGCCCCUCCUAGCGACCGAGGCUGAUCGCGACAAGGAAGUCCUGACGUCCCGUCCUCAGUCCGUUAUAGCUGCGUUUGGCCCUCUUAACUCCAGAUACGAGGCCAACGCUCACUCCUUCAUGGAUACGACUAGGAGUGAUGUGCAGAUCGACUUUGGAACAACGAACGACAACACCUGUCUCGGUCUGGCCGAGCUCGACGCUGGUGGUCCUGCGCCUUGGCCGCCGCGCAUCAUCGCUCACACCACCAACUUCACCGCGCGCAUCGGUCCCGCUGGCGGACGUAGGGGUUACACUCCUAUCACUGACAAUACUAUUGACAAUGGAUUCUUGAGUUUUGGUCAUCCGUCCUGGGGCAUCGCGUGGUACAUCAACGACCAGCUGAUCCCCGAGAUCUACGUGGAGCGCGGCGAGACGUACACCUUCGCCGUCGAGGGCGGCGACGACCGGACCAACCCCGCCAAAUUCCAUCCGUUCUACAUAAGCGACUCGUCGGAAGGUGGCUUCGGACAGAAGAAGCCAGAGGACCAGAGGAAGCAACGUGUCUUCGCUGGCGUGGCCUAUGACAACGAGGGAUACCCUUAUCCUACUGCUGUGGGCCGCUACUGCGAGUGGACGCACAAGACUACCGACCAGGCGCUACAGUCGGAGACCUUCGAGCAGUACAUGGAGACGCUGCAGCUGGAGUGUGAGCCGGGGGAGCCGAGUGUCCUCAACUGGACCGUGGCGCAUGAGACGCCAGAUUUGUUGUACUACCAGUGUUAUACGCACAAUAAUCUUGGCUGGAAGAUACACGUAGUGGAUCCGGGCACUCCGAUCCCGCUGCCCGGCGACAAGAGCGCCAUCACAAAUAUGGCCACUCCCCUUCUGUCACUGUCACUAUCACUUGUCAGUCUGACAGCUCUCUAUUCUAUGGUGAGGUCGAGAUAGACGCGUUCGGAUACUCGCAGCGAGCUCUGCUGCUUAUAUUGCACAUUACAAAAAUGAAACUACUGAAACACGAAGACAAUAAUAAAUUAUACAAUUUUUAUAAUGCGUUAUACAUGUGUUUGAUGACAAUAAUUUUAUUAUUUAACA